CACGUGAGUCCAACAGUGAAACAUGGCACCUGUCUAGCACAGCAAGGAGUGAAUCGCGUUUGACAGAAAAAGACAAGAGGAUACAUAACGUUUACUGCUUAGUGUUUUCAGCCAUACAAUGCAGAAAAUCAAGUCUUUGAUGGCCCGUCAGGGUCUGAAGAGUCCCCAGGAGAGUGUGGUUGACAUGAGCCCUGUGGAGAGCUUCAGGUCCCCCAGCAAGGAGGAACUGAGGGAACUGAGAGAACAGCCCACGGAUCCACAGGCAGAACAGGAAAUCAUUGAUAGCAUAGAGGAAGUGUACUUCUCCAGUGACUCCUUUGACAUGGUGCAAUACGAGCUUGAGAAACUCCCACCGGAUUUGGACCUUCUGGAGCUUGAGGAGUACAGAGAUAAGCUGAAGAGACAACAAGCAGCUGUUUCUAAAAAAGUGGCAGACCUCAUUUUGGAGAAACAGCCUUCCUAUGUUAAGGAGCUCGAGAGAGUGACAUCUCUGCAGACCAACUUGCAGCUGGCUGCAGUCAUCUGCACUAAUGCACGAAGGCAGCUUCGUUCUUCUAAAGAAGGCUUUACUGAAGCCAGUCUGGGGCUGUUAGCCAAUCAGAGACGACGACAGCUGUUGACAGGAUUGUUGAAGUCUUUGAGGACCAUAAAGACUCUGCAAAGAACUGAUGUUCGACUUAGUGAAAUGCUUGAGGAGGAGGACUAUCCGGGCGCCAUCCAGCUGUGUUUAGAAUGCCAGAAGGCUGCCAGCACUUUCAAACACUACAACUGUAUAAGUGAGUUGAAUUCCAAACUGCAAGACACUCUGGAGCAAAUCGAGGAACAGCUAGAUGUGGCGCUGUCCAAAACCUGCAAACACUUUGAUGUUUCUCACUACACCAAAGUUCAACUGGCAUACAAGCUGCUGGGGAAGACGCAGACGGCCAUGGAUCAGCUGCACAUGCAUUUCACCCAGGCCAUCCACAACACUGUCUUCCAGGUGGUGCUGGGAUACGUAGAGCUGUGUGCCGGCAACGCCGACACCAAGUUCCAGAAGAUGCAGUACAAGGACCUUUGCACGCACAUUACCACAGACAGCUACAUCCCCUGCUUGACUGAUCUCUGCAAGGCCUUGUGGGAGGUGAUGCUCAGUUACUACCUAACCAUGCAGUGGCACGAUGAGCACUACAAAGAAGAAGAGACGACUCCUGGGGCAGAUGAUUCCAGCGCAGACGGCUCAGACGAAUCCACUGUGGGCCGCAGUUAUGUGAAGAAGAAGCUGGAACAUGGCUUAUCGCGGAUCUGGCAGGACGUCCAACUGAAAGUGAAAGCCUAUUUGCUGGGAACAGACGUGUCCAACUUCAAGUAUGACGACUUCAUUGUUGUUCUGGAUGUUAUCAGCAGGUUAAUGCAGGUGGGAGAGGAAUUCUGCGGCAGCAAGUCCGAGGUGUUGCAGGAGUCCAUUAAGAGACAGAGUGUAAACUACUUUAAGAACUAUCACAGGACUCGUCUGGAGGAGUUGCGAAUGUUUCUUGAAAAUGAAACAUGGGAGCUGUGCCCUGUGAAGUCCAACUUCAGUAUCGCCCAACUUCACGAGUUUAGGUUCAUGGGUCAGUGUCGUUCUCCUUCAGUGUCUCCCAGCAGGCAGCCGGAAUCCACAGAGCCGAUGGAGCUUUGUCUGUUUGAACAGUUCCUGCAGGGUGGAAAUCCUUUUGAGAUGCAGAUUGACAAUAAGGAAGAGGAGACAGAGGAUGUCCUGGCUUCUAAUGGGUAUGAGUCAGAUGAGCUGGAGAAGAGCGUGUAUCAGGACUACGACAGUGACAGUGAUGUACCUGAGGAGCUGAAACAAGACUAUGUAGAUGAACAGACAGGAGACGCUCCAGUGAAGAGUGUGUCCAGGGAGACACUUCGCAGCCGCAAGAGGUCCGACUACAAUCUGAACCGAGCCAAUGCCCCCAUUCUUACCAACACCACCCUCAACGUGAUUCGCCUGGUUGGAAAAUAUAUGCAGAUGAUGAACAUUCUGAAGCCCAUUGCCUUUGAUGUCAUCCACUGUGUGUCUCAGCUCUUUGAUUAUUACCUGUAUGCCGUCUACACCUUCUUUGGCCGGAAUGACAUGCACUUCCAAUCUGCAUCUCUGCCUUCACAAGGCUCUCAACCUGGUGUGUCCAGACAGGCGGUCCCUGUCUAUUGGUAUGAAUCAUCUGGGCUGGGUUUGAUCAGCAGCAGACUGAGGACUACACUCAGCCGAAUGCAGGAGAGCCUAAUAGACAUGGAGGCUGGAGGAGAGAAUGCAGGUCCUCAUGCAUCUCCUGAGGAAAGGAAGGAGAAGGUCCCCAUUCCUCAUCUGAGUCAGCUGGUGAUCCUGACGUCUAGUGAUACGCUCUAUGGCUUGUCUGAGAGAGUCGUUGCCACUGAAUCACUAGUUUUUCUGGCAGAGCAGUUUGAGUUUCUUCAGCCUCAUCUUGACACCACGAUGCCUUCAGCCAAGAAGCCCUUCCUUCAGCAGUUCUACUCACAGACUGUAUCUACAGCCAGCGAGCUCCGCAAACCCAUUUACUGGAUCGUGGCAGCCAAAGCCAUAGAUUACGAACAGAUGCUGUUACUGAUGGCAGGAGUGAAAUGGGACAUUAAAGAGAUAAUGUCACAGCACAAUGUCUAUGUGGAUGUCCUUUUAAAGGAGUUUGAGAAGUUUAACCAGAGACUGGGAGACGUGUCGAAAAUAGUUCGGAUUCCUUUGCCUGUGUCCAAUGUCUUAUGGGAGCACUGCAUCCGUCUGGCCAACAGGACAUUAGUGGAGGGCUAUGCAAAUGUGAAGAAAUGCAGUAAUGAAGGACGUGCACUGAUGCAGCUGGACUUCCAGCAGUUCCUGAUGAAGCUGGAGAAGCUCACCGACCUCAGACCAAUUCCAGACAAGGAGUUCGUAGAGACCUACAUCAAAGCUUACUACCUUACUGAGAACGACAUGGAGCAGUUCAUCAAGAACCACAGGGAGUACUCUAUGAAGCAGCUGACUAACCUGGUUAACGUCUGCCUCGGGUCCCACAUCAACAAGAAAGCGCGACAGAAACUCCUCGCAGCUAUCGAUGACAUUGACCGUCCGAAAAGAUAAAUAAAUGUCACUGAACUACCAAACCGAACUCCACAGAA